AUGGAAUCAAAUGGAACGCGCAGGAUGAUGGAAUCAAAUGGAACGCGCAAAGGGCCGCUGCCUGGAGGUCGCCAGGGCGCGUCUGGAGCUGGCGCUGGACGCGACAGCAUGCGAACCGCCAGCCGAGCGCGAGGUGCUGCACGACCACCCAGCAGCUCCUCGCAUCCAUCAUCCCCACCAGCUGGCUUGGUGUCGGCAGGGUCUUCGCGGGCUCAGCAAUCGGCACCCGCCACUGGUGGAGUACGCCGCAUGCGUUGGACAACCCAGAUGAACAGCAACGCAUUGCGGGCGUAUUUUAGGGCGAAAGGGGGAGAAACUGGAGGUUUUGCGUAUCGGGCAAGGAUGCAUCGACUUUUUGCUGAGCUGGAGCCAUCUGUAACCGUCACCGAGCAAAACCUGGCAGACCGAGUUCGGUAUAUCUUGCGCUCAAAUACAUUUGAUGUCACCGAACUCGAACGGCUACGACGUGAGGCUGUUCCUUCAUCGGGUGAAAAUGCUGCGGCUGAGGAUGCGGCGCCACAACUUGCUGAGCAAACGGCAAAUGUGGAUGCCGCCGUGAAUACGCCAGUUGUGGUUGAUUCAAACGAUGAUGGAACAGUCGCCCAGGAACUGGAACUAGAGCAAAUGAGGAGUACAUUGGAAGAGGCGAUUGUGGAAACGCGCAGUACGACUCUCGAAAAUCGACCGCGACUUCCCCGCUUAGCCCUAAGCAAGCGGAAUCGGGCUGUCGUGAGGGCUCUGAACCCAAUGCUGGUUACCUAUUUGGAAGCCAGCCGGGACCUUUGCGAUACGGACUCAAUUCUUUUUGGCGCCGCACUGGCAGUCUGCCGUAUUAUAGGUGCCAAACUUUCCACGGCUGGACGCGCUACUGGACAAAGUAGUGCUAUCCCAGCCUGGAGAAUAAGAAUUGAAGAACGUAUCGCAAAGGCUAGGGCCCUCAUCGGCAGACUGAUAUGCUUCAGGUCAGGCAAUACCAGGCCAAGGAUUGUGCGCACCGUCAGGAUGGCGUUUGCUGGGACAAAUGUUAGUUUGUCCCAGCCGGAUAUAAUGCAAAAACUGACGGAGCGCAUAGACGACCUGAAGCAAAGAAUAGCUGCUUGGGGAAAGCGGAUUCGGCGAUAUACCGAGAGGUCGACACGGUUCAACCAGAAUCGUCUCUUCCAGAGUGAUCAGAAGAGGCUCUAUAAAUCAUUGGAGCGACCAAUAGUAAGUGGAACGGGCCCUGCACCAAAUCAGGCCGACAUGGUCGCAUUCUGGCGCAGCCUGUGGUCAGAGCCCGUAAACCACAACGAGGGCCCUUGGACGGAAGUUGUGGCGAGUCAGUGUGCGAGUAUUACGCCCAUGGACCCCGUCAUCAUAACGCCGGAUGACGUAGCUGAGGCGGUCCGUAGGGCCCCGAACUGGAAAAGUCCGGGGCUUGACGGGCUGCAUCACUACUGGCUGAAGGGGUUCAUGAAUUAA